UAUCUUAUACCAAGCGUUUGUCGUCUGUUCAAACUAAGUGUUAUUUAUAUGAAUGUCUGAGACGUUUUUAGCUAGUCUCCUUGAUUAGGUUGACAUGAUAAGUAGUAUGUGCACGAAGUAUAUUUAAUCGCAAUGUUUUAUAUAUCCUUGUUCUUCUUAUGUUUAAAUAUCAUCUUACACACAAACGGAUUGGUCGCGCCGGCAAAUCCCUACACCUGUGUCAUUGGAGCUGGAUACUCUGGCCUGGCCGCUGCCAGAUAUUUGCAGCAGUAUGGUCUUAAAUUUACAGUUUUUGAAAGGACGAAAUAUGUUGGUGGCACGUGGAGAUUCGAUCCCCACAUCGGCGUCGAUGAAGAUGGAGUACCAGUUUCUACCAGUCAAUACAAAUAUUUAAAAAUAAACUCGCCGAGGCAAACCAUGGAAUACGAUGGUUAUCCGUUCCCAGAUGACACGCCUUCAUUUGUGAGCGGGGUUUGCUUCUACAACUACAUAAAAUCGUUCGUAAAACAGUUUGAUUUGAUGAAGAAUAUUCAACUUCGAAGCUACGUGAAAUCGGUAAAGAGGUUGGAAGAUACCUGGGAACUGACGUACACUAGAACUGAUACAAAUGAAAAUGACACAGUGUAUUGUGACUUUGUAGUUGUAGCCAUUGGGCAAUAUAAUAAACCGCAUGUAGGAAAAUUUUCUGGAUUGGACGAAUUUGAAGGUACAGUUAUUCAUAGUCAUGACUACAAAUGUCCUGAGACAUACAAAAACAGCAACGUUCUUGUGGUAGGAGGGGGACCCUCUGGAUUAGAUAUAGCAAUACAAUUGCAGAAAGUCGCUAAAAAAAUAGUACACAGCCAUCACUUGAGAUACAAUGAACCACAGCUUCCUGAAAACUACGUGAAAAAGCCAGAUAUAAAAAAUUUUGUACGCAAUGGCGUAUUUUUUAAUGACACUAGCUUUGAAGAACUUGAUCAUGUCAUACUGGCAACAGGUUAUCGUAUUCAUCAUCCGUUCCUAGAUAGAAGUAGUGGUUUAUUGAUUACAAAUAAGUAUCUGAUGCCUUUGCACAACCAAGUCAUCAAUAUACGCGAACCCAGUUUAAUGUUCAUCGGGAUCUCCAAACAAUACAUUAACAAAAUAUUGAACGCUCAGGCGGAAUAUAUAGCAUUAUUCAUAGCAGGAAAAUUUGAACUACCUUCUGAAGAAGAGAUGCUAGAGAUGUGGAUGACUAAACAUUCACCACGUAAACUCAAAGACGUCAACAGUUUCGUAACGGAACCCCUUCAAUAUUUCCAGAACCUAACCGCGGAAGCUGGCGUUACAAGAUUGCCCCCGGUUAUUCUUGAUAUCAUUCUAAAUAGCAUUCAUAAUUUGUUAGACGACAUAUUACAUUACCGAGAUUACGAUUUUCAAAUCAUAGACUCUGAAAAUUAUAAGUCCUGGAGAAAUUAUAAUGUUACUGAAGACAGAUUUAACAAUUGCACUAUACAAGAUAUAGAUUUAUAAUGCUUGUACGGCAUACAAAUUUUAGACAACAAUAUUUUUUUUUUCACAAUUGUGUACGUGAUUAGGUGAAUUUGUAGGUAUAUUUGAUUAUUUUUAACCGACCUCAUACACGUAAACUGUACAAAUAUUUGAUAAAAGCCUCACAUUGUUGUUAAAUGAGAUUCUUAAAAUAUGUUGUUUUUAAUGAGACUGUGCUUUUUGCUCCUGGUUUAUCAAAAGGCACUUUUUAUCGGUAAGUUUGAUAAUAUAGUUAUAUAGUAUUUAAAAAGCGUUGCGUGUUCUUCGUCGAAUCACCUAUUUUAAUAGAUUAUGACGAGAUUUAUAAGUGACAAACUGUUAAAUUUCUGUACGUAAGGUAACGUGUGACAAUAUAAACGGGUCAAACGAUGUAAAUAUAUAAUAAAAAAUGUUGUGUUGUAUUCACUAAGUAUCUUCUAUCGAAAGUUUAAAGUUUAGUUUAAAAAGCAAUUUCAGUGUUCAAUAAUAAAUACAACAUUACGUAUUGAUGUUUUAAGUAUAUAGUAAAUAAUUAAUGUUUAAUUUAUCUAAGUUGGUUUGAUUAGUUUUACUGAGCAUACAAAAUAAAAUGAAUCUGAAGAAGAAUAA